UAAACAGGUCAUUCCAGGCAGUGUUGUCUGGAGGCUACGGUAGCUCUUUUGGGCAGUAACUAGUGUGGAGACGAGACAUUUUAAAAAAGGACAGAUAAGGAAGAUAAAGAGAAGGUGACACCAGAUUGCAGAGAGCGGAGAACGAUAAAGGCAUUUGCCCUUUACUAAAGAAAUACUCCGAAUUUUUAAACAGAGGGUCGCCCAGUCAGGGGGCACAAAGUUUUAGAGAAAUGGUUGUUUAGAAAAGGGAGAGGAGCUGAGUUGGACGCUGCCAGACGGCUGGGCAUCUGAAAUCUUGAUGCGGACUGGCACCUGAGAACCAAAGCGUCAAACCAACGUUCGAACGCUCGGCGGGCUCCUAGGUUGGACUCGGCUAGGCUCGGCUCACUCCGCCGAGCUUCCUACCUCGGCAGCCGCUUCGCACCGCAGCAGCCCCCCCUUUGUGACGUCAUCAACCCGCGUUCUUUAGAACGUGACGCGCGGAUCGACCGCCCGCUGCUGCUCGGGCCCGUCCGUGGCCUCUGCGCAAUUGCGGCUGCAGUAGGAGGCGGCGGCGGCGGUGGUGGUGGUGGCAGCAGCGACUGAGAAGGAAAAGGUGUAGGAGGCGGAGAGAGGCAGUAGUGUGGGAGGGAGGAAGGAAGGGGAUGUUCCUGGGGCAUCAUGGCCCCAGCCAUGCAGCCGGCUGAAAUCCAGUUUGCCCAGAGACUGGCGUCUAACGAGAAGCUGAUUAGGGAUCGGGCGGCAAAGAAACUGCGCCAGUACAUUAGCGUGAAAACUCAGAGAGUGACAGGUGGUUUCAGUCAAGAAGAAUUAUUAAAAAUAUGGAAAGGACUUUUUUAUUGCAUGUGGAUGCAAGAUGAAUCUCUUCUACAGGAGGAAUUAGCUGAUACCAUUUCCCAACUCAUUCAUGUUGUUAACAACUUGGAGGCUCAACACCUCUUCAUCCAGACUUUUUGGAAAACCAUGAAUCGAGAAUGGAAAGGAAUCGAUCAGCAGCGCCUAGACAAAUAUUAUAUGUUAAUUCGUUUGGUCCUGCGGCAAUCCUUCGAAGUUCUGAAGAGAAAUGGCUGGGAUGAAAGCCGGAUCAAGCUUUUUCUGGAUGUCUUGAUGAAGGAAAUUCUGCACCCUGAGAGCAAUUCUCCAAACGGAGUGAAAUUCCACUUCAUCGACAUCUAUCUAGAUGAGCUAGCAAAAGUGGGAGCAAAGGAGCUUGGGGCAGAUCAGAAUCUCAAGUUUAUUGAUCCAUUCUGCAAGAUUGCAGCUAAAACUAAGGACCAUACCUUGGUACAAACGAUAGCUAAAGGAAUCUUUGAAGUCAUUGUGGAUCAGUCCCCCUUUGCCCCUGAAGAUUUAAUGGAGGAACAGAAAACUAAUGGUGACAGUGAGCUGUCUGAAGAAGAAGAAUCUGAUAAUGAAUUGACAGCUAAAAAAGCAAUCAUUAAAAAGAAAUCGGCAGUAAGUAAACAUUCAACCAGAAAAGAUGGAUGGAAUGUUGAAGAAGAAAAGGGUGAAGAUGGGACCUCUGAAGACACAGGUAUACUUCUCCAGUUUGACUACAAAGCUGUUGCUGAUCGACUCCUAGAAGUGACCAGCAGAAAAAACACACCACCCUUCAACAGAAGACGUCUCUCUAAACUAGUCAAAAAAUUUCAAGACUUAUCUGAAGGUGUUUUCCCUCAGAUCAGUUUUCCAGAGGACAUUUCUACCGAUGAAGAUGACCAUACCCUUAGUCGGGGAAGACGUAAGAAAAAAAGAAAUAAACUUACAGAGAAAACCAAGUCAGACAAAGAAAAAGGCCAGUACAAAUCCAAAAAAUUCAGCCCAGCUGAGGAAGAGACUGAAUGCAAUCUUCAAAAGAGAAAACGGAGAAAGAAAAAGAAAAACAAUUCCCAUCUUGAAAACUCAGGCGAUCCUUUCGUCCCCUCUGAACCAAAUGGAAACAGUGAACCAGAAUCAUGUAGGAAAAAAGACUCCAAAAAAUAUGCCCUUGAAAAUGAAACAAACACAUCCUUCGCUGGCGCUGAGGAAAGUGGCAUGGAGCAUCCCCCAACUACCAACACGCAAAACAAAAGGAAACGGCCAAGAAAGAAGAGUUCGAGAGUCCUAGAAGAACUGGCAGAGAUUGGGAUGCCGCCUGUUGAGACGGCCAUUCAAAAUGGCCCAGGUUGUAUUACUGCCCAGGAGCCUGCCCUCAGCAGCCCCCCAGCAGGCGGGGUCAAAGUAGUGAAGAAGAAGCGGAAACUUGGGGCUAUUGCAGUCGGUAGCAAUGGCUUGACCCCGUUGGUGGCCAUCCGUUCAGAGAGGGAAGGCUUGCUAGAAAAUCCGGCCGGAGAAGGGGAUUGCCCAGCCUUCCUGGCCCAGGGCAUCAGGCUAAAGAAAAAGAAAGGAAAGCUGGAUAGUCUUGAGCCAGUUAGCCUGCCCAACCAGAAGGUUGCGUUUCUGAAAAAGAGGAAGAAAGUCAAGGAGGUGCUAAACUUGGUGGAAACUAACGGCGCUCUAGAAGCUGAAUUGAAGAAAAUCCAGGCUACGGGAGUCAAUGCAGCUUUCAGCCCAUUGAAGAAAAAGAAGCUGAAGACUGAAAAUGACUUUGUGAAGUUUGAAAAUACAGCCUUACCUAAGCCCUUGUUCUUUAGAAAAUCCAAAAGCAACGUUAGUGUCUCUUCCCCCAGCCCCACUGGCCAGUUGAACAAGCAGGCGUCAUCCGGCUCCAAGAAGGUCACCUUCGGGCUGAACAAAAACAUGACUGCAGAGUUCAAGAAGACUGACAAAAGCAUCUUGGUAAGUCCAACAGGACCCUCCCGAGUAGCUUUUAAUCCUGAACAGAAGCCUCUUCACGGCGUACUGAAGACACCCACGAGUUCACCCCCAGAGACUCCCCUUGUGACUAAGAAACUGCUUAUUGCACCCCCAAAGAGAAGACCAACUGCUAUGGACUUCUUUUGAGCAUAGCGAGAGUCUUUUCUCUUUCAGGACUGCUUUUUGUACAGAAUAUUCUGUAAAUUAUAACUUUGGAAAUUUUUGGCCUUUUUAUCAUUAUUAUUUUAUAAAUUCCUAUAAAUUGUAUAUAAAAGGUUCUGGUUGUGAUCUGUGACAUUGCUACUUCACCGUCCUUUCGCUCUAAGGCCAUGGAGAUGCUUUGUGAUAAUAUAUUCUUGCAUUUGAAUUAUAAUUGGUCUUCGCUUGGACCCUUGGAAUUUCCCUCCCUUUAGUGUCUUCAGCAAGAGCUGUUCGUGGAAGAACUCAGAGUUUUUCUAUUCUGUCUUUUUUGAAGAGUAGAGAACAAAAUCUAUUGGCCAGUCGCUAAUUUAUACGGAGCUUUGUGCGUAUUGUGGUCGGCUAUUUGUAGUCCUGACGAGCUCUGUGUGAUUGGCUCGGAGGGAAAAUAAGCAGCUUGUGGUAGCGUUAACCUCACGUGACCUUAGAUGUCGGUAGUUGUUGCUGAUAGAGCAUCGUUUCUUUCAAGUCGGCGGCUAAGCACGCGUUUGCUGUUCCUUGUUUUCCCGUCUGUUCCAACCGUACCACCUUCCUGCCUGUAGGCACGCGCCAAAGCCAGGCCUCAGAAUGACCCCACUGCUGAAAAACGAAUUGACUGCUGCUUCCUGGGCGUGCACAUGUUUCCUUCUUUGUUCCGUUGCAUGUUCUUUGUCAGUUGAGUAUUUUGAACCACAGAAUGUGAGCCAAGAUCUGUUCGGUCUGACAGUCGGGCAGCGCGGCCCUCUCUUCGAACCCAGCGCCUUUCCUUCCCAAGAUGUACCAAAUAAGCAGCCUGGGAAGACUCCGGCUUGGGGGCGUCCGCUUUACUUUGAGACGGGACCCAGAGUUGUUCGCAGUGACCUGUUGUUUUAUUUAGUCUCCUUUUUUCCUUGAAUUUAACCUUUAGGAUUCUAACAUUUCCCCCGUCUCAGCCACCAGGAAUUUCAUUUGUCCAGAUUGCGUUUUGUCAGCAGAACUGUGAUAUCUGUUGAUAAUUCAGUUUUUUAUAAAGGAAAAUGUAUCUCUACCUCGUAUCUCCUCAGCGUAAUGAGAUGCAGAUCCCCCCCCCCUUCAAUCCCCAUCGUUGAUGAGGGGGCACGAGAGAAGAAAAGGAUCAUCAAGGGCCCUUCCUCUGGGUUUAGUCUCUUAGAAAUACACUUUAUGCUUGUCAGGCAAGCCGCGGACAUUGAAACUUCAAACACGUGACAUGUAUUUUUCAUCCUGCCUCAUUUCAUGGCUUUUUCCAGAUGGCUCCAUGAAUCAUGGGAAUAGAAAACCAGCCCUGGUACGGGAGGCCCGGGGCAUUGGGUUUCCACACUCACCCUGGGCUCUUCCCUGGUCGCGUCACAAAGGGUUGUUUCAUGUGAUACCAGCUGUGGCGGGAACAACCUGAGAAUGACCAAUCUGGAAGGCUCAGGUUGAGCAACUGUAUUUGUUGCCUUCCUUUGGGGUUAAUUCACGGAAUCAGUGAAGACACUCGAAUCACAGAAACUCUCACUGAGCCAACUUGUUCAUCUUCUGUAGGGAGACUUAUCUGAGAGAAAUGACAGGAUGGUUUAGUCAUGUUUUUUAACCUUUAAUGAUUUUUGCUUUGCCUGAUUGCAUAGAUUUAUUAUUAUAAUUAGGCCGUGAAAGAAAGAACUAGUUGAUAUUGUGCUGUUUAUCUUAUUUCUUGUAGUAACGAGUCCUUUAUGUUACUACAUAUAUGUUCAUAGCUUUUGUUGUGGAAAAUGCAUGUUUUUUAAUGUAUGAUAUUAUUCUAUUUGCAUUUGGUUAUCAAAUUCAAAACAAUAACCCAUAUAUGUUGGAAAGAUUGGAUUUGGAUGUUCACAAAGUUAGUUUUAACUUUUUAAGUAAUUUUUAAAGUCUUAAUCAAAUUGUCUUUUUAAAGAACAUCCGCUUUUUAUUAGCACCGUGAUCCUGAAUCUUAACCACCAAAUGUGCUUUUUAGUCCCAAAAUGCUAAACACGUGGAAGAAAUUCCAAGAGAAGAAGACAUUGGUUUUACAGUGAUGGUUGUAGUGAUUUUUUUCCUUUACAGAAUUAAACGCUUGAAUUAGUGUCAUUUAUCUGUACUGUGGUAUUGUUGUAAUAUCUGUAAAUAUGCUUGUAUCAAAUAUAAAUUGUCUGUCACAUGAAUAUUUCCAAGGGAUAACACUGAAUGCCUUUAGUUUACUUCAUCUUCAGCUCUUUCUGAACUUGUUUCAUAUUGUGAGUAAAUUGAUAACAUUUAUUCUAUGAUGUUUUUAUUUUUCGUUUGUUUUAAAUGUGAACAACAAAGGAAGGAGACAAGUACCGCUUACUUGAAUUCCCCUUGUACACCCAAGAAAUGUAUCACCUAAAGAAAACAUAUUUUGAAAAUCACAGCUUUUGGUUUGAGUAUAUGUUAUUUUUAUAAAGAAAAUUGCCAAGAAUAUUUAAAAAGGCCAAAAACAGGAAAUGACUAAUGUUGGUAAUCUUGAAUUACAGUUUUUUGUAAAGGGUAGUUAUUUUUCACAGGUCUGGUCAAUUUUGUACAAUUUUGUAUCAGACUCUUCUUAAGAUUUAUAAUCAUUUGUAAUUUCUAACUGGACUGAAAGCACAAAGGGAAGUGUAACAGGAAAUAUGGAAGAGGAGGUUGGUUUUAAGUGUUGAAAAAGUAAAAAAUUGGAUUUAAUUUUAAUCGUGUGUGUUUCUCUGUAUUUUUAUUAUGCUAGCAAGGACUAUGUUUCUUUACUGUAAGUUUGUAUUAACAGCUGCUGUAUUAACAGUGUUUGUCAAUGUGGUAUUCCAACUGAGAAAGUCACAUAGCCAAAUCCAAUAAAAAUUAGUCUUUAUGCCAA